AUGGCACAAGUUCCAUUAUACACAAAUAUUUUUGUAGAAGAAAAAGGAGAUCCAACCAAAACCACCAUUAUACUUUCAAGUGGAUUUUACUUCGAGGACAAGUUGGGAUCUCAAUGGAUCGAUCAUUUAGUUCUUGCCACUGAAAGUUUACUUGAUCCUCAAGGAAAUUUUGAAAAAGUUGUUUUUGGAAUUAACCGAUUUGAUUUAUCUCAAUUUUUCAGUACCUUGACGAUACCUACUUUGCAUAUCUUUGGAGAAAAAGACAUAUUUAUUGAUUUAGAACAUAGUCUUUAUUUUGCUUCUCAUAGUACAACUGCUAGUUAUAAAGAUGUUGGUCAUUGUCCUUUAUGGGAAAACACCAAAGAACUUAACAAAGAUAUUAUGGAAUUUUUUGAAAAAGUUUAA